AUGGCCGGCCCGCCGCCCGCCGCCCUGCGGCCCCCCACGGCGGCCACAUCCACACGAUCGCCUCCUCAAAGCUCAAAGAACAAGGGGCGGUGCGGUGCCUUCAUUACAGCAGCCGGCCGGGAACAACCUCGCCUUUUCCCGUAUCACGCUGGCGCCAUCAUACCGCCUUCUCCAUCCCCCACUCCCGAUGAGGCCGCCGAGUGCAUCGCCAAGGCCAGCCCGUCUGCGCGCCUCCAUGUCCGCUCUCACGCCUCGCGCCCGCCGCGCACCCUCACGCACGCGCAAACGCACGUGCACGAUGGGCCACUCCGACGCCCGAUACCGACUUUCCGUCUUUGUUAUUGCCCCCUUGUUCAAGAAUACCGUGUCAUCGCUUGCCUGGUGUUAGAGAACCGCCCCCACCCCCCUCUGCCCCUCCUCUCGAAGAUGAGCACCUCUGGAUGUAGGUCUUGUGCAAAAGGUAUGUAUGACAAGGUAUGA